UAUGGCGAUUGGGCGGCUGCAGAGACCAGGACUCAGUUCCCCUGCCCUAGUCUGAGCCUGGUGGGUGGGACUCAGCGCAGAGUCAGUUUUCCAGAAGCAGGUUUCAGUGCAGAGUUUUCCUACACUUUUCCUGCGCUAGAGCAGCGAGCAGUCUGGAACAAACCCAGGCGGAGGACACCUGUGGGGGAGGGAGCGCCUGGAGGAGCCUAGGGACCCCAGCCCUGCGUGAUCUCACCAUGGUGCGUUUUCGCUGCUACUUUCUUUUUCAGUCUUUCGGUGCAGAGAAGGGGAGGAGGCGGGGAGAGGUUUGAAAAAAUCGAAUGGCUUAUGGAAAGGAACUGCAAGGGUUCCUUUGGGGUGAUCAAAGAGGGAGACACAGAUAGACACAGAGAGACAAAGGCAAGGAGGACUGUCUGGGAGCGACGCGGGCGAUACAGUUUCCGAGGCACGCAGCGUCCCGCCCAGCCUGUUGAGCAGGUAGACACGAGCGACCCAAGCUGCGGAUUUGCGAGGGGCACCCUGGAGCUGCUAGAGAUCCGCAAGCACAGCCCCGAGGUGUGCGAAGCCACCGAACAUCCCAGUUACCAGUGUCCUUGAAUUGAUAGUGGCUUCUGUUUGUCAGUCUCAUAUAAGAACUACAGCUCAUCAGGAGGAGAUCACAGCAGGGUAAGAGACACCAACACCAUGUUCUGCACGAAGCUCAAGGAUCUCAAGAUCACAGGAGAGUGUCCUUUCUCCCUACUGGCACCAGGUCAAGUUCCUAAUGAGUCUGCAGAGGAGGCAGCAGGAAGCUCAGAGAGCUGCAAAGCAACUGUGCCCAUCUGUCAAGACAUUCCUGAGAAGAACACACAAGAAAGUCUUCCUCAAAGAAAAACGAGUCGGAGCCGAGUCUAUCUUCACACUUUGGCAGAGAGUAUUUGCAAACUGAUUUUCCCAGAGUUUGAACGGCUGAACCUUGCACUUCAGAGAACAUUGGCAAAGCACAAAAUAAAAGAAAGCAGGAAAUCUUUGGAAAGAGAAGACUUUGAAAAAAUAAUUGCAGAGCAAGCAGUUGCAGCAGAGCAGCCAUUGCCAUGAAGCAGGAAAAAGGGGCAGACUUGAGGAUGCCUCCAUUCUAUGCCUGGAUAAGGAGGAUGAUUUUCUACAUGUUUACUACUUCUUCCCUAAGAGAACCACCUCCCUGAUUCUUCCUGGCAUCAUAAAGGCAGCUGCUCACGUAUUAUAUGAAACCGAAGUGGAAGUGUCGUUAAUGCCUCCCUGCUUCCAUAACGAUUGCAGCGAGUUUGUGAAUCAGCCCUAUUUGUUGUACUCCGUUCACGUGAAAAGCACCAGGCCAUCCCUGUCCCCCAGCAAACCCCAGUCCUCGCUGGUGAUUCCCACAUCGCUCUUCUGCAAGACAUUUCCAUUCCAUUUCAUGUUUGACAAAGAUAUGACAAUUCUGCAAUUUGGCAACGGCAUCAGAAGGCUGAUGAACAGGAGAGACUUUCAAGGAAAGCCUAAUUUUGAAGAAUACUUUGAAAUUCUGACUCCAAAAAUCAACCAGACAUUUAGCGGGAUCAUGACUAUGUUGAAUAUGCAGUUUGUUGUACGGGUGAGGAGAUGGGACAACUCUGUGAAGAAAUCUUCAAGGGUUAUGGACCUCAAAGGCCAAAUGAUCUACAUUGUUGAAUCCAGUGCAAUCUUGUUUUUGGGGUCACCCUGUGUGGACAGAUUAGAAGAUUUUACAGGACGAGGGCUCUACCUGUCAGACAUCCCAAUUCACAAUGCACUGAGGGAUGUGGUCUUGAUAGGGGAGCAAGCCCGAGCUCAAGAUGGCCUGAAGAAGAGGCUAGGGAAGCUGAAGGCCACUCUUGAGCAAGCCCACCAAGCCCUAGAGGAGGAGAAGAAAAAGACAGUAGAUCUUCUGUGCUCCAUAUUUCCCUGUGAGGUUGCUCAGCAGCUGUGGCAAGGGCAAGUUGUGCAAGCCAAGAAGUUCAGUAAUGUCACCAUGCUGUUUUCAGACAUCGUUGGGUUCACUGCCAUCUGCUCCCAGUGCUCACCGCUGCAGGUCAUCACCAUGCUCAACGCACUCUACACUCGCUUCGACCAGCAGUGUGGAGAGCUGGAUGUCUACAAGGUGGAGACCAUUGGCGAUGCCUAUUGUGUAGCUGGGGGAUUACACAAAGAGAGUGAUACUCAUGCUGUUCAGAUAGCGCUGAUGGCCCUGAAGAUGAUGGAGCUCUCUGAUGAAGUUAUGUCUCCCCAUGGAGAACCUAUCAAGAUGCGAAUUGGACUGCAUUCUGGAUCAGUUUUUGCUGGCGUUGUUGGAGUCAAAAUGCCCCGUUACUGUCUUUUUGGAAACAAUGUCACUCUGGCUAACAAAUUUGAGUCCUGCAGUGUACCACGAAAAAUCAAUGUCAGCCCCACAACUUACAGAUUACUCAAAGACUGUCCUGGUUUCGUGUUUACCCCUCGAUCAAGGGAAGAACUUCCACCGAACUUCCCUAGUGAAAUCCCCGGAAUCUGCCAUUUUCUGGAUGCUUACCAACAAGGAACAAACUCAAAACCAUGCUUCCAAAAGAAAGAUGUGGAAGAUGGCAAUGCCAAUUUUUUAGGCAAAGCAUCAGGAAUAGAUUAGCAACCUAUAUACCUAUUUAUAAGUCUUUGGGGUUUGACUCAUUGAAGAUGUGUAGAGCCUCUGAAAGCACUUUAGGUUUGUAGACGGCUAAUGAGCAGAAUUAAAAUUUCAGGAGCCAAGUCACAGUCUACUCUUUCUCCCAUUUAACAUGACAAAAUGUACUCACUUCAGUACUUCAGCGCUUCUGGAGAAAAAAAAAACACACACACACACACACAAAAAAAAAAACUUAAAAAGUUACUUUUGGGGGAGUAUUUCUGUUAUAUAACCAUCACUUACUACCUGUACUCAAAAUUCAGCACCUUGUACAUAUAUCAGAUAAUUGUAGUCAACUGUACAAACUGGCAGAAUCACCUGCAAUCUCAUAUCCUGGUGGAAUACCAUGGUUAUGAAAGUUGUGUUUGUGAUAGUGUUGUCUUAAAAAAGGUUUCUAAAUAGAAAUUACAUUCUUUGACGCCCUCAGUUCUUUCAAACUUUCAACUCUGCAUUGUAUUGCAUUUUCUCAUUUAACUGGUAGUAUAUGUUUGAAUAUAGGCUGACAUUUUUUUCUCUAUUGCACUUUCCCCUUUUUUUCUUUUUAGAAAAUAAGCAAUUAGGGAUUAGAUGCAAUACAAUUAUAAAAUAGUUCUGUAAAUAUCAAAUAUUAUUUUUAGUUCUUGAAGUUAAAAUACUCUCCAUAGUAAUGUGUGUUAUAACAAUAAGUAUUUCUUCUGUUUGACAUGUUUAAAAAUUCUACAAUGGCAAAAGCUAUUUUAAUCCAUGUUAGCAAUUUAAUUCCUAUUAAUUCAUUUUACUAUCAUAAUAGCAAAGUAUUCCAAAUAAAAGAGGUUUCUAUCUUCUAUUAAAAUGCAGUAAUACUAUUCAAAUCUAAUUGAGCUGGAAGCAACAUGGGAGUAAAGUAAUCAUACAGAGGACUCACCAUAAAGGACAUUGGUAAAACAUUUACACAUGUACACACACAUGCAGGCACACUUGGAACAACAUGGACCUACUUCAGCAGACAUCUUCUAUUGCCAUGCUGAGCCAUUUAAAGUUUUAAGAAGAAAAUCUAAGUACAGAAGUAGAAAAUAAGACUUGUUCGUUUGGUGGAUAUCUCAUUUUUCUUGAGUAUUUGUGCUGAACAUUUUGGUGCAUGUCUAUGAACUAAGAAUCAAGUUUUUGUCUCAUUAAAUAUACAUAUAUGAAGUGUUUUUAUUCUACUUGAAAUAUCCUGAUUAAAAAAAAAAAGAUUGUUAGUAUUGAUGAAGCAAAUGAGGCAGUGACUACAUUAUGGAAAUGUCUAAGUAUUUUUUCCAGAGCUUCAACUUUUUUCUUUUUCUUUUUUUUACAUAAACCUUUAAGCAGUUAGGAACUUUUAUUUUUAAUUAGGUCAGUUGAAGUUCUCUGGUGAACUAAAAAAAUACACAUUUUGGCUGGGGAUAAGGAUUUGAUUUUAAAAAGAGCUCGAAUUUAAAGCAAAAAUAAAAUGAACGUUGUAGCUUUAAAAUCAAUAUUAGCAGAGCCAUAGAUAGGCGGAACUCUUAUUUGGGGUUCUGAGAAAUAAUUCAGUUUAAAAGUUCUUUAACUGCCUCCAUUAGUACCCAGGCUAGCCCAUGGUGACAUCAGGAAUAUUCAUUACUGAUUGGCCUCUAGUAUUCCAAGGGUACUACUAUAGAUAUUACAAUGAUGCUGUUUACUAAGUGAUAACCCAAUGUCUUACAGGACUGACUCUGACUCAGUAAACACUCACCCUAUUAUUGGAAAGUACCAGAGGCCUUGAGGAAGUAUAGUUACAUCUUCACAAAUAUGUGAAGUUAAGUCACUACUUACAAGGAAAACAAAAAUGUAAAUACAUGUUUCUUUCUGGAACAGAUCUCUUAUCGUGGGGAAAUAAUAGAAAUAAAGAAAAUAUAAAAGCAUGAAAUGGAAUGUAGUCUUGAUCAAACAUUUCAGCAGACCUCAAUUUGCACUCAAAAAGUUUAUAAUUCAAUCAGAAUUCAAAAAGUAUUUUGUGUGUUUGUGAUGUAUUAGCAUAUACACAAAACAAAUGAGGGGAAUGUAUAUACUCUUGGUGAAAAGUUGUAUGAGAGUUUCUUGUACCAUUCCUGCAACUUUUCUAUGAAUUUGGCAUUUUUAUCUACAUAAAAAAUUACCAAAAAA